AAAUGAGCCCCCUCAGUUCCUGACUUUUUAGAAAUCUUUGCCACUCUUCUCUUCAAUGACUGAUCCUAUGCAUAGCUCCAGCACUGCAGUUCAUCCUCCUGCCUAGAAAACAUUUAGCUCACCUCCAUUUUAGAGAGCAGAGCUGCCUGGUGCUGCUGGGAACAAGCACCCCACAGCUGUCUUCCACUUCCCCGUAGAUGGUGUUUUUUGGCUACAUGGUCUUCAGCAUAGUGCUCGGGCUCCUGGCCGACAGGUAUGGACGCUGGAAGAUUCUGCUGCUCUCCUUCCUCUGGGGAGCCUAUUUCUCCCUGUUGACCUUGUUUGCCCCAUCCUACAUCUGGUUCGUCUUCCUGAGGACCAUGGUGGGAGGCGGCGUGUCAGGCCACGCGCAGGGGCUUAUCAUAAAAACGGAAUUUUUACCUACCAAGUACCGAGGAUACAUGCUGCCCUUAUCCCAGGUGUUCUGGUUGGCAGGAUCCUUGUUAAUCAUUGGCCUGGCAUCAGUGGUGAACCCAACCAUCGGCUGGCGGUGGUUGAUCAGAAUCGCCUCCAUCCCUGGCAUCAUUCUCAUCCUGGUGUUCAAGUUCAUCCCUGAGUCAGCGCGGUACAACGUGUCCACAGGGAACACGGCGGCUGCCCUGGCCACGCUGAGGAGGAUAGCCGAGAUAAACCGGGCAGCGAUGCCCGAGGGGGUGCUGCAGGAGCCCCCCAAGGAAAGAAGAGGAAGGUUCAAGGACCUCAUCCAUCCCAAAUACCUAAGAACCACUCUGCAGAUAUGGAUCAUAUGGCUUGGCAUAGCUUUUGCUUAUUACGGAGUCAUCUUGGCCAGCGCUGAGCUGCUGGAGCGGGACCUGAGCUGCGGCUCCACAGCACCACUGUGGGAGGACCCCGGCCCCGUCUCGGAGGAGAGCCGCAGCCCCUGCCACUGCCGCCCGUUUGGCCCUUCUGCGUACCAGACCAUGAUCAUCAGCACCGCCGGGGAGAUCGCACUAAAUCCUGUGAACAUCCUCGGCAUCAACUUCCUCGGAAGACGCCUGAGCUUGUGUAUCACCAUGGGAUGUACGGCGCUCUUCUUUCUUCUCCUUAAUAUCUGCACCUCGAGUGCAGGCAUGACUGGGUUUCUCUUCAUGCUUCGUGCCUUGGUUUCAGCAAACUUCAACACCAUCUACAUUUACACAGCAGAGGUUUAUCCCACUACGAUGAGAGCUCUGGGGAUGGGAACAAGUGGGUCAUUGUGCCGUGUUGGAGCUAUGGUGGCACCAUUUAUAUCACAAGUUCUUAUGAGUGCUUCUUUCCUUGGGGCCCUAUGUCUUUUCUCAUCUGUGUGCGUUGUGUGUGCAAUCUCCGCGUUUACACUGCCCAUUGAGACCAAGGGCAGGGCACUGCAGCAAGUAAAAUGAAAGCAAGCAUUUGAUGGUGGAUAGGAAAAAAAAAAACAAACCUUUGGAACCUGUCAUUUCCUGUGAGCUGCAUUUGAUUGUGAUUGCUUCUCCAUAUCCUUUCCAUUAUAAAAAAAAAAGAAAAAGGUAACUGAACAGUGUAAAAGCUAUGAUUUGCAUAAACAAAGGGCAACUUUCUCAAGUACAUUCCCUUUCCUAUGAUUCAAUAAAAAGAUGCUUUCUACUGAUCCUGUGAAGCAAGAUGAAGACUGUUUACCACUAGCGCUAAUAGUAGUGCCAAUGUCAUGUUGCCAAAAAAUGGAAAACCACCACCAUCAUCAUUGCUUCAGGGAACUGAGGCAAAGAAGAAAAAAAAAAUACACAAAGUAAGAUUGGGUCUUCACAAUAGCAGCUUGAAAGAAUGCAGUACUUACCUUUAAAAAACAAAAUAGCGCUCCUCAAAUAUUUGUGUGUACAUCAUCUGAAUUGACGUAGUUAAUCUUAACAUCUCAAACGUCAUUGCAUGGGCAAUUUCUGAAGGUUCUUGGGGUGGCAUUCGAGAUCACAAGACAAAAAUUGAGUCUGAUUUUUUCCAGUGGGUUACUUAAACAGAGGUAUGUUCAAACAGUUUACUGAAAGAAUUUUCUUGUACUCAUGCCCCCUCACCCACAUGCCUGACAGUAGCACACAGAUGAGGUUCUUAGGAGGGAGAUGGCAAGCACGGCUUACCACAACUUUAAGUUCCUUGAAGACCGACCUAAUGGCUUUCUGUACCAAAGCAUCUGUGUCCUGACAGCAGUUGUGGCAGGCUGGCACAGAGCUAGCCUGAUCCAUCUCACUUAAGAUGGCAUGCCAGCGAAGCACACAAAUCACACGCUCAUCUGGACAUUCAAAUCUAACAGUGAUGGUCUGAAUGGCCAGCUGCCACAGCUCCCCAGUUAAUGCAAGAGUAAGGCAGCAGCCUGGCUGCCCAGGAGCCUGACCGACUUCUCAGGCAACUAUCACCUGCAUUGCUUAUGCAGCCUCUUCCUCCAAGCUAGUAAGGAACCAAGAACCAUUUCAGCUACUAUGUUAGAGCAUGCCUUUUUUUUGUUUGUUUUUAAAUAUUUUUCUUAUGAAAACACACCUGAAGCUUGAUGAAAAAGGGAAGUAGACUGAUGUAAGGUAAUUCCUUAGCUUCUUUCCCACCUCCAGCUCAGGAGGAUUUUUUUUUUUUUGUCGUAUCUAUUUUGAACUAUACUGCUGCAAAGUCUGAAUGAAAACCAGACUAUGGAAGAGUCUUAUACCCCACUCACACUCCUCAACAAACAGAGCAUGAGGUUGUGGGUUGGUUGGGUUUUUGUGUUUUGCUGUUUUUUUUGGAAUAAACUAUUUUUAAUUUGUUCAAGUGUUGGCUGCAUGAUUUCAAAGUUUUCUGUUUUGAUGUGAAAAAUCAGAAGCAGAGAGAGAAGCAAGUGGACUGCAAGUACAUCAACACUUAUCUCCCCAGUAUUUUCCACUGAAAGAACAAGCUGUGUAUGAAGCUGUACAAGUGUCUAAUUUCACCGCUAACUGUGCUAAGCCUAAUAAAUAUGUGCUUGCAACUUAAGGUCCAGAGAAACACUUGUCAGCAUCCUCUGGAAGCACGCUUAAUUUGGUGACAGGGUAUCUAGGACGGUUAGGCAGUGCUAGCUUUAAAACUUUAUGUAGCAAUGGCAGCACCUCAUGUUUCUCAACUUCGUGCUCCUGCAGUAUGCACUGAUCAUGCCUGUUUUGUUAGAAUGGUCUCCAUAACCUUCAGGCAAUAAAGCUUUCCACAAAAAAAAAAAAGAAAAAAAAAAAGAAUGGUUACUCUAGGCAGCUUAAAACCAUAUCAUCCUGGAAUUUCAAAAACUAUAGUGACUGUGAAAGGCUGACUGAGUGUUCUUCUGAACUAUCUAUUACAUUUAAUAUGCAGGGCCACUCUAGGGCAAAGGCAGGUGGCACCUGGUGAAAGGCAAAAAAAAAAAAAGGCCUUGUUCCAAGUGCAAGUUCCAAGUACACAGCAGUAAAACACAAGCAGCAUUUGUGCCUAUGCUUGUCAGUGAUCUAUCCACAGCACCGUUAUCUGUGCUACAUAGCAAGUAAAAAGCAGGCUUGUGUACACACACAUCUUCAUAAUACCA